GCUUAUAUUCUCAGAGGAUUUUAGGAUGAGAAUCUUCCCAGAGUGAAGCUGGCGCAAGUGCACAAGUCCGGGUCAAGGGCUGUGCGCUUGUGCUUCAGAGUGAUGACGGCAUGACAGGUAUCGGUCAGCGGGCGAGGCCUUCACCUGCUGGAGCCAAAAUUCCUCCUUCCAAGCUGAAGGGAAAGGAAUUCCCCAAGGUGAAGAAGCUGCAGAAAUUUUCUGUCCCUGCAGUUCCUUUGCCUCCUCCAGGAUGUGCUUUGGUGCCCGCAGCCCUUCUGCAUCAACUUCAGUCGGAGGUAGGAAAGACUGCUUUGCCGGUCUUGCGGCAAGAGGCCCCAGAAGUCCAAGACACAGCAGCUCAGGCAGCUCGGAAAGAACCCGAAGCUCUACCGCAUUUGGAUCCGCAUCAAUCCCAUCCACAUCCAACACAUCCAGCACCUGUGGCAGCUAAAGCGCCAAAGCCACUGCGGCCCAAGGAUGGAGGUGCUCGACCGAUUGUCAUCGUGAAGCACGCAGGUGUGAGCACGGAGGAUUCUGUGGAUGGCCCACCACCGCCACCUGGAGCUAGACAUGCCAGUGUAGGCACAGUGGAUGCCGUCGAGGAGGGUACCCAGACCACUCCAGAAGGAUCUGUCCAACCUGUCCCUGCUGAAGCCGCAGCCGCAGCUGCGCCAUCAGCUCCCCCAUCUGUUUCUGCGGCAGCUCCUAGUGGGCCAGGGCCAAAUACAGGAGACAAGAACAAAGCUGAAUCCUGGCAGCAUCCACAACCUGUCAUAACUCCUAUUGGAAUGGCCGCUUUCAGCGGUUUUGCGCAGCCCGGCUCACCUGACCAGAUGAACUCCACGGACCAUGGGCGCUUCGAUCUUUUCGGGAUGGACAAGUUUACUGCAGAGAAGGACAGGGACAGGAAAAGGCCACGGACAUCUGGGACGCCACGGUGUGAUCACAAUGCUGGAGGGCCUUCUGCGAUGCUGGUGGAUGGGGAUGGGGCUGCCUCCUCUAGCCGGGCAGCUCGACGGGUCUUUUGCCCUGUGCCGGGGUGUCCGGCCUCUGACCCUACGAAGGCCUAUGGGUGGGCAAACCAGACCACUAUGCGGGCCCACAUAGAUGCCCAUCUCUCCGGUUCUUUGGCCGGUGAAGUCCCAUCCACUUGGCUCCAGCAGCAUGGCCGCACCCGGUGCUUAGUCUGCGGGCUUAGCGUGUCCGAUAGACACGGGGUCCAUCCGACUUGCCGCCCCGAAGCUCGAGCGGCCGCAGUGGGCCCCCACCCUCCUGAUGCUGGGGGCGGGGCUGCUUUGCCAACGCUUGCAACCAUCCAAGCCGGGCAGACGCCGACCUUGCGGCAUGUGCCGGCCCUUGCCCGGCAUACCUGGCAGCAAGCUUUGACCCGGGCUUUGGCCACGGUUGCCCACCGCAAUGAUGAGCGCUCCUGGACGGAGUUUCUGAUGUUGCCUCAGACGGUGUUGUGCGCCCCGCCUCGUGGCGGGCGAAAACACCGCCGGGCUGCAGCGGCCUAUACCCUUGACCGUCUGCAGAGGUGGCUUGACGGGGAACGCAUGAGUCUGUGGGAGACCCGUCGCCAGCCCCCUCGCAACCACCCUGGGCCGUUGUCCCCAGAGGAACGGCGAGACCUGGCCACCAGUUUGGGCCGAGAAGGGUUUGACAAGAAGGCAUGUACUGCCCUGCAAUCUGAAGGCUUGUGCCCCUUCAACCCUGAGACUGCCAAGAGCCUGGAAGCCUUGCACCCCCGGAGCUUGCCGCCAGCUGUCACUCCUUUGCAAGACCUUCCUUUGGCGCCAGAGAUUGUGCCUGAGUUGGUGGCCCGUUGUUUGCGUGCUUUCCCUGCCGAAACGGCCCCAGGGCCCACUGGGCUUCGCGUCCAACACUUGCGGGACGCUUGUGUGGCCGGUGGCACCGACGCCCUCUUGACACAGCUUGCUGCUGUGGUCAGCUUGGUGUCGCAAGGCAUUGCCCCGACCACCAUUGCGCCAGUACUGGCGGGGGCAGGCCUUGUCGCUCUACCCAAACCUUCUGGAGGGGUGCGUCCCAUUGCCGUCGGUGAGUUGCUACGCCGCCUGGUGGGAAAGUGUUUGAUGGCUUCGGUGCGGGAAGAGGCUCGUCACUACUUCUGGCCUUCGCAGGUUGGUGUUGGCGUCAAAGGGGGUGCAGAGAAGGCUGUGCACACAGUCCGGGCCUGGAUGCAGAGGAACAGCUCCUCGUCCCAGAAGGUUCUGGUGAAACUUGACUUUGCCAAUGCCUUCAAUUGUGUGAGCCGUCAGGUUGCCCUUCGUGAAGUCGCUGCCAAGUUUCCUGGUCUGGCCCGUUUUGCCACCUGGUGUUACCAAAUGCCCAGCAGCUUGCGGUUUGGUUCUUUCACUUUGGAGUCCCAGACUGGAGUACAGCAAGGCGACCCUCUCGGGCCCUUGCUCUUUGCUGCAGCCAUCCACCCAUUGGCCAGCACAUUGCGGGCCCAGGGCCUGGACCUGGCCAUCCACUACUUAGACGAUGGGGUGUUGGCUGGAGACUUGGGCGCUGUUGCGGCGGCGCUAGCCCACGUCCAGCAGCAAGCCUCCAGCAUGGGCUUGGUGCUCAACUUGGCUAAGUGUGAGGCAGUUGCAGUUGGUGGCCUUUGUCCUGCAGACCUUGCACCGCAUUUUCCUGCUGCUUUGCUGUGUCACCCUGAUGGUUCUCCCAGAGUUCUCCACAACUUUGAACGGCCUUCAGUGACGCCCACGCUGCUCGCCGAGCUGAGCAAGCCAAUCGGCUGCUGGAAGCGCUGGCUUCCUUGGAAGACAGUCAGGUUGGCUUGCGGCUGCUGCGGAGCUGUGCCGGCUUCGUACGUCUGGUGCACAGCAUGUUUGCGCUCCACUGUGCAACAUGCCCCAGCCGCAUAUCUGGCGUCUCUGGGUUCUAGCCUGAGUGCUUGUGCUGAACCCGACAGUGGGUUCUCCCCUGUGGAGGUGCUCACUGCGCCUGGGGCCCUUGAUGCUUUGCGCAGUCUGAACUCUCAGUUGGACGGUGGCAGCCAGCUCUGUUUGGAAAAAGCUCUUGCUUUCAACCAACAUGCCCUUUCCGCUCGUUUGGAUACUGCUUGCUGGGAAAAGGCUUUCCUAGCUGCCGUGCCAUCGGGUCCUACCCGCAUGGAAAAGGCAACUUUUGUGGCUGAGCUUCGUGUGCGGCUGGGUGUUCCUGAUGCUCCCACCGAUGCCUGGUGCCCCCGCUGCGAUGGCAUUCUUGACCGUCUCUCCCAUCACGCUGGUGUUUGUGUCGCUGGUGGAGAACGAGCACAGCGGCACUACGCUGUCCGAGAUGUGGUCCAUGCUUGGGCUGGGAAAGCUGGCUUGAGACCCGAAAAAGAGCGUCCCGGGCUUCUGCUACCCCAGUCCCCUGAUGACACCCAGUCGGCUCGUCGCCGUCCAGCCGAUGUCUUUCUGCCAGCGUUAGCUGGAGGCCCUGCUGCACUUGAUUUCGCCAUUACGGCGCACCAGCGGCAGGACACUCUUGCUUUGGCCAGCAGCAGGGCAGGUGCUGCCGCGGAGGCGUAUGCCCGACAGAAGGAGGCCCAUCUACACACUGCGCAGGCUUGUGCCUCGCAAGGGGUCUCCUUCGUUCCCAUGGUCGUCGAAACCACUGGACAUUGGGACGUUGGCGCGGCCCGGGUGCUGCGCCAUAUAGCCACUGCGGUGGCGGCUCGCACUGGUGAUCUGGCGGAUCAUGUGCACACCUCGAUGCUGCAGGAGCUCUGUGUGGUGGUCAGAUCCUUCCGGGCCCGGGCGGCUUUGAGGCGUCGCAGUGAGUUGGCUGAUGCAUAG